GCUUUGUGUUCUCUUGUUGUUGUGUUUGCCCUCCUCCUCCACAAUCCCCUGCGAAGAAAUAGAAGCUGUCCAAGGUGAUCAUGAAGGAUCAAACAUCCAGCACAAAUGUGGAAGAUCUACUAAGGCAGUCUCAGAUGGAGUUACAGUGGAUCCAGAGACAGCUGGCAAUGAUCGCUGCCAGAAACACACACCAUCACCACCUGCACACCAAAGGCAAGUUGAGAAAUGAAUUUUCAUCCCAGCCAGUGACCGGACACUCUACAGUCUACAACGCGAACCGGUUUCGACUUCUGGAAGAGAAAAACCGAACUCUGAAACUUGAAGUGGCCACGCUGCGCCAAGAGAAACAGCAGCAUAAAAAACUGAAAGCAAAGCUCCAUGCCGCCUUGCAGGAGAAAAAUCGUCUGAAUCUUGAGCUGAUCAACCACCACCUGAAAGCAUCCAAAUAUGACCAGGUGCAAUCUAACUAUGAGCAGCUGAGACAAACCUUUGCUGUGGUAAGCCAGGAGCGAGAAGUGGCCCAGCAGCAGAGGAGCCAACUCCAGACCAAAGUGGAUAACCUGGAACAGGCUCUAAAGCAUAUGCAUGAAGCUGUAGAGCUAAAGCAGCAGUUGCAGAUAGAGCAUGAGCACGCCUUGGUGGCCCUUCACACCAAGCAGAAGGAGAUCAAUCAGCUGCAAAAGGCUUGGGCUCAAAUUGACCAGGAGCAUGAGGAAGCAGUACACCUGUUAAAGGUCAAGGUUUGUGACCUAGAAAAGAAAUGCAGGUUCCACAGUGAUCACUUCCGUCAGCUUUCCAAAGAGCUGCUGAAUUUUCGAUUGCAAUCAGAACCUGUGGUGAUCCUUAGAAAUAAUCCCACCUUUGCAUCCCAGAUCCCAUCAUCAACAGAGAAGAAACCCUCAAAGGUCACGGUUGGAUUUGAAGCCCAGUCCAGAAAAGGUGAUGAGAGUGCUGCAAAUACACCACUACUGAUCUCCCAGUUCUUGCCCGGUGCUCUCCAGAUUGGAGAGAGAGAACCAAGAGAACAGCUGUCUAUCAAAUCCAACACCGUGACAACGGACUACCCCUGCAGGCUUCGACAGCUUUCUCCAUCAGAGAUGGAGGAUGAGACCAGCCCAUCACCCAGGUCCAAACCUCGCUACACAGGCCAGGUCCGCCUUUGCACUGCCCGUUACAGUUAUAACCCUUAUGAUGGACCGAAUGAGCAUCCUGAAGCAGAGCUUCCCCUUGUGGCUGGAAAGUAUCUGUACGUGUAUGGAAACAUGGAUGAUGAUGGCUUCUAUGAAGGUGAGCUGCUGGAUGGCCAAAGAGGACUUGUUCCUUCUAACUUUGUGGAAUUUGUCCAGGACAAAGAAAAAACAGCUGGGGAGGGAGGGGAAGACAUGGGCCCUCUGGACCAUGCACCCCUGGCCUUGAUGGCAACGGAUGGAGGUGCCUCCCAAGAUGGCCUCCUGGGCACAAGUAAUGCCUUGGUUCCAUAUAGCAAUGGGACAGGUGGGCCCUUGGAUCUCGAGGACUUAGCUGAAGAUGUUGUGCCUUACCCCCGUAAGAUCACUUUGAUUAAGCAGCUGGCACGAAGUGUUAUUGUGGCCUGGGAGCCUCCAGUAGUGCCUAUGGGCUGGGGGAACAUCUCUGGCUACAACGUUUUAGUGGACGGGGAACUUCGUGCCAGUUUACCAUACAGCGGUCGGACCAAGUGUUUGCUGGAGAAGCUGGACCUGGACGGCUGCGUUCAUCGCGUGUCAGUGCUGACUGUCACUGACAGGGGCUUGUCAGAUGAGCUGCGCUGCACCUUGCUGGUGGGAGCCAACGUGGUGGUGGCGCCAUGCGGUCUUCGGGUGGAUGACAUCCAGCGUGACACUGCCGAGCUCUCUUGGCUGCCUAGCAACAGUAAUUAUGGUCACACUGUGCUCUUAGAUGGAGUGGAGCAUGCAGUGGUAAAACCAGGAAGGUAUAGACUACGCUUUCACAACCUGAAGCCUCUGACAGUGUACAAGGUGUCGGUGGUUGCGCAGCCCCACCAGGUGCCAUGGCAACUGCCACUUGAGCAGAGAGAGAGGAAAGAAGCUGGUGUGGAGUUUUGCACUCAAGCAGCUGGUCCAACACCUUUUUGCAGAACAGGCCCUCCGCUGCCUCCGCAGGAUGUGCAGGUGCUCUGUGGGCAAGCUCCAGGGGUUUUGCGGGUUCACUGGAAGCCUCCCAUCCUUUCUCCCACAGGCACGUCUAACGGGGCAAAUGUCAUCGGCUAUGCAGUCUGUACUAAAGGACAGAGGGUAGCUGAGGUGUUAUUCCCAAUGGCAGACUAUGUUACUGUUGAGCUGACAAGGAUUCAAUGCCUGGAGGCCAGAGAAGUCAUUGUUAGGACGCUGUCAGUACAGGGAGAAUCCCAGGACUCCCAAGUCGCCGUCAUUCCAAACAACCUGCUUGUGCCUCUACCUCCGAUUCCCCUGCCACCACCAAUGCACCCUCACACGGGUCCCCCGCCUCACCCCCAUGCUCAACCCCAUCUCCAUUCCCCUCACCUUCCUCACCCCAGCCCCCAGCUUCCUGCUCCGCCCCAUGGACAACCACUUCCGCCACAUCCUCCACACCCUCAAUCUCAUCCUAGACUUCCCCAUCCAGGAGGGCCCCCUCAGCCCCAGCUUGGACUCCCACAUCCCCAACCUUUACAUAUUCAGCCUCAUCCACCUCAUCAGGGUCCCAGGCCCCAGCACCAACUCCCUCUGUUACCCCACCCUCAACCCCACCCUAUACCUCAGAGACCAGUAAGUGCCAGAGACCUGGAUGCCAAAGAGCACACCGCCCACCACGGAGGAGCUAUUCCACCUGGCCAGCCUGGCUGGGAUCCCACACGAUCUCCUUCACAGCCUCCUGUGCCCAUGCAAGGCCACACUCUUGAGGCCCCUCGUCCUGCCAAUCCACGUUCUCCAUCCCCUCAGAGGAUUCUUCCUCAGCCCAGAGGCACGCUCAUCCCAGACACUGUGGCCAAAGCCAUUGCCCGAGAAGCAGCGCAGAGGGUGGCGGCAGAAACUGGCAAGGGAGACAGGAGGCAGGACAGAUACGGAGAGCAGGGUUAUUCAUUUCACCAGCAUCACUCUGAUGAGGAAGACGAAGAUGAGGAAGGGUUUGCACGUGGCCGUAGGAGAGGGCCCUCAGUUGAUGAGUUUCUCAGAGGCUCUGAGCUGGGGAGGCCGCCUCACUAUAGUCACAAUGAAGAUUAUCACAGCGAAAGCAGCCGGGGCUCUGACCUGUCUGACAUCAUGGAAGAGGAUGAGGAGGAGCUGUACUCUGAGAUGCAGCUGGAAGAGGGACGGCGACGCAACUCGCACAACACGCCCAAGUCAAACACUCCAGCUGGAGGCCGCCAUGAUCAUGACGGGGGUAGACGAAUUCAUCACGGCGGUCCUCAUCCCCAGAGGCGACCUCUAAUGGUCCCCUCCAUUGAAGUAACCUCUGAAAAUAACAGUGAGGGAAACCUCUCCCCCAUCGCCAAGGAUGUUAACUAUGGCAGAGUAGCUCGGCACAGGACAUGGUCAUCCCGCAGGCACAUGGGCGGCACCAGGUCUCCCCAUGAUGCAGCUGAUGAGGAGCUUCCCUUCAAAGAAGGGCAAAUCAUUAGGAUUUAUGGCGAUAAAGACACAGAUGGGUUUUACAGAGGAGAAGUGCGAGGCAGGAUGGGGCUGAUCCCGUGUAACAUGGUGUCAGAGAUACGAGCAGACGACGAAGAGACCAUGGACGAGCUCAUGAAACAGGGCUUUCUGCCCCUCAGCACCCCCGUGGACAGAAUAGAACAAAACAGAAGAGGAUUGCGUCGAGAUCAGGCCUCAAGACGGAUGGUGGCUCUUUACGACUAUGACCCUAGAGAGAGCUCCCCUAACGUUGAUGUUGAGGCUGAGCUGACAUUCUGUGCUGGUGACAUCAUUGCUGUGUUUGGAGACAUCGAUGAAGAUGGGUUUUAUUAUGGUGAGAUCAAUGGCCAUCGCGGUCUGGUUCCCUCUAACUUCCUAGAAGAAGUGCCUGAUGACGUGGAAGUCUAUCUGACCGAUACCCCGUCCCACUACCCCCAGGAAGAGCCCACCAACCGGCCCCCUGCCAACUCUGCCGCCACCGUAUCAGAGGGAAAACGGGUUACCACAGACACCACUGACACGGCCAACAACAUCACUACACCAGUCCGGGCGCCAUCCCCGAUCGUUCGGCCCCUCCUCCCAGGUACCAUGAGACCCCUCAGCCCUACAAGGGGUCCACACGUCCCACUGGAUCCCAGGGACCCCAGAGAUCUGGCAAACAAGAAGAAAAAAGGACUACUGUCCAAGGGAAAGAAACUCCUGAAGAGACUCUCCCCUGUGAAAUAAAAAAAAAAAUCAAAGAAGCAUAAAUGUGCUGUACAUGUACAUGAUGGGCUCUGUAUAUAGCAUCCAUACAAUCAACUCUGAUCUGACAACACACGACAAAGAGGACAUGAGCUUUGUCUUCUGGUCCAUGUGAGCCUGACAACUGAUAAACAGUAGUUAUAUUCAGUGACUGGUUUGACCAUUUUAUACAGUGCAGUGCCAAAAUUAAGAGCGGUGUCAUUUGCAGACAUAAACACAUAUUACUGUGAUGUACUUUAAAUAAGGGAUGUUUAAAAAAAAAAAAAAGAAAAGAAAGAAAACUAGGAUUUUCAUGACAUUUAUUUUCCUCUCUUAUUUUAUUAUCAGGCAAAAGAAAUGUUAUAAUUAUUUGAAGCAGGGUGGCUGUGAAAACAAAGCAUCUGGUUUCAACUUUUCAAAAGGCUUUCCUCAGCAAAGAAAAACAAAGAAUGGGGGGGGGGGAUGAUACAGACUACACUGUUAUGACACAUUCUGUGAAUCAAUGCUGGCUGCUAACUAAAAUCUUUAUUCAGUGCAAUAUCAUAGAGAGGUGGUAGCAUAUGUGGGGAGAAGAGACAGAUUUCCACUUCUACCUGCUGGAAUUGAGAACAGGAUUUUUUUUAUUUGAUAAAAGUAAUUUAGAAAAGAAUAGUAGAUUGGCUCCAGGGCAUUAAACACCAGGAGAGCUUAGCUGUCUCAGUGGCCUUUAUGAAACCAAUAUGAGCAUGACAUUCCUGUUUUGAUUACAAAACUGACUUAAACCAGGUUUUUGUUUUAUGACGGGUCGCCUGUGCUUUGUCAUUUUUAAGAACUUAAUUAGAGCAGUAAUAUUUGUUGUCUUUGCUGUCAAACUGUCAUGAAACGCCUAGUUCAAGAUGAAAUUUUGUGUCUAUCUUCCUCUUGCACAAAGGUGGGUGUUUUGUCCGAUGAUUGGUUACAGACAUAGCUUGUGUGCCUGUGAGUAUGUAAGGCAGUAUGUGAUGCAUUUAUUUUUUUGCACUUUUAUAUUUGAUCUUCUCUUCUGUUUAGUCAUUUUUUCUGACGGAAAGCUCAUGUAGUUAUUGGUCCUGUGAUCUGUAGUGAUGUGCUGCUACCUCCAUUGCCUGUGCACUGUUUAGUUUGGUUGUCUCACACAGAUCUGUAGUUAGUGGGACAUGCUGAAGUCACAUAAAAACUACAAAUCAAAGCUCUUGAGGCGUGCAUUGUUCUCUGCUUUUGUUACAUGAUGUCUGUAGAGAAAUAUUAAUUUCUUUAACUCAAGUUUUGUGUUGCUUACAUGUUCUACUUGCACUUACAGUACAUAAGGACUAUACUUAUACAAAUUUGAUGUGUUAAACAACAUAUAUGUGAUUGUUCCAAAGGAACCUGGUACAGACCUGAUUUUUAUUCUAUUCCUAUGAUGUUGAAUGAUUUAAUAAUUUAUUAGAUUAGAUGAACUCAAAGAGAUUGCUCUUAUCAGCUGCAAGUUUUUAUUUAAGAAGAUUAUUUUACAUUUGUUCAUUGGGAAUUAGAGUUUUAUUUGGACAUAAAGCUCUAAAAAUAACAGAUAUAGUUCUAUAUUUAGCAUCACUUCUGAAACCAUAUAUCCCUCUGUGAUCAGAAUUUUAAAAUUCAGCUCAAACAUCUUUAUGAUGGUGUUGGCACUUAGAUAAACCAAGAAAAAUGUAUCUUGGGAAGCUUAAAAAUCUAGGGAAAAUACCUAGAAAUACCUCAGUCUUUGGCUUUCAAGGAGACAGACAUAAUCUGUGUUAAUCUGACAAGAUUAAAAAAAGUCUCUGUAGGUUGUGCCAACAUUUUUGUGCAGUUGAGAUUAAUAGAAGUGCUGAAGAACUUGAAUACUAGCGGGAGGGAUAGCACAUAGCUUAAAUAUUUUGAUUACUUUCUGUUUAGUUUCAUGCUCAUUCUCUGCGUUUAAUCUUUUUUUUUUCUUUAUUAUGUUAUGACCUUGAGGUGAGUUAAUGGUGAGAAGAAAGGUUCCCCUCUGCAUUCUUUAUCUAAAUUUAUGAUGACAUGGACUGAAAACAGAGGUUAGCCAGAUCAAAGGAAAAAGUCAGUGCAACAGGUUUACAUUUUUUCUCUUUUCUUUUCUUUUCUUUUCUUUUCUUUUCUUUUCUUUUCUUUUCUUUUCUUUUCUUUUCUUUUAAAAGCUAACCAUAAUUUCUCGUCCAAUCGUUCACAAUGUUGAAAUAAUAUGGUAUUCCAAAACCAAAUCAUUCACCUGUGAAUGAGUGUAGUGUCUCCAAAUGGUGUAGCUCUUUUGUACUAUGAUCCAUUUGUAGAUAAUUUCUAAAUGUUUCUACUUGAUUUUACGACAGCCUUUUUUUUAGUGCACUGAGAUUUCUCUCCCUGUAAAAGACUGCAAGCAUUCUCCAUAGUGUCCUUUGAAAUCAGAUGUAUCAGUCCACCGUAUGUGCUUGCUUUGUGAAUCAAGUAAAAAGAAAAAAGAAAAAAAGUAAAAAAAAAAAAAAAAAAAGAGAAAAGUAAAACUGAAAUCAUUGGAUGGUAUUUAUGAUGAUUAUGUGUGGGUGUGCAUGUAAAAAAAAAACUACAACUUUUAUAAUCAAAUUAAAUUUGAUAUUUUUUAGAAAAUAAC